AUGAGCUCCUCCGAACGCACCUCACCUCGUGCACCUCGCUCUUCUGUCAUCCAAAACUUUACUGCACAAUUGAAGGGAUCGACCAGCACCAUUCGUGAUGCUAUCAAGGACGAACUUCAGGGGCGAAUCAUGUAUGAUGACGCGAACGUCUCGACACGACUUCGGGUAGGCGAUGUCGACGACAACUUUGUUUCCCUCUGUUUGGCCCGCUUCAAGACGGAUAUUUCUGUUCAAUCCGCGGUGAAGGCACUCCGAGAAUUGGAGAAGCAAGCCGAAGCGUCGCCGGACAAUCAACGGCAGAAACAAGAGAAAAAGAUGUAUCCACAUCUUGCAAUUAUCUUCGCUUUCAUACAAGGCUUCCCUGAAACUUCCGAACAGGCUUCCAUUUCGCGGUCACGUUGCUUUGUCCGCGCCGACAAGUUAACAUCCCAGAUGAACACUUCUCAUCCUGACUUCCCUCAAGCCAGUCCCGACUUCUCUCUCAUGAAUCCCGACGCCGACGAUCACUCCAGGGACUGGAUGGACAGGGACGGUUUUGCUGAGAUCAAGGCCACGCAGCAGCAAGGACCCAAGGGAUCUUCCAAAGCCAUGGACAAAACUAUCCAGGAGAUCAUGUACCAGUCCGCGGAUUACGCUCGUUUGCAUCUGUCUGCUCGUCCCUUUUGGCUUUUCUCGGUUGGGCUCUUGAUAUUCGGGUCUGGUUUCUCUGCUGCGAUAUAUGACCGCGAUGGAGUCGCAGUAUCCCCUCAGUUGAACAUGUGGAACGAUACUGAGGCCUUCAUUCGGUUGGUUCGUGCCCUGACGACUAACCUGACAUCGGUCGAGCUCGGACAGGACCCCACCGUUGCUGAGAUACGUGACCACGAAGUGAAGCACAAGCUUGGGCUUCAAAAGGUUGUCGGCCCCGUUUUCCUUAUCGAUUCUAUCGGAUCAGACCCCGUGUCGUACACAAAUCCAUUAGCAUCAUCUCGAGUCCCUCGUCGCUGGUGUACGAUUGGCCUACCCGUAUGUAUCUCGUUCUCGCUAUUUGGACGUGGGACCGCCGUCUGGCCUGUGAAAGCGUACAACCAAUCUACGUCUCAGCUUGAAGGAGAGGAGAUGGUCAUGAAGACUGCUUGGCGCCAGAGCAAUCGGCAUUCGGAGUCAUCUAUCUAUCUUCGAGUGGCUCUCGAAGAGGAUGCGCAUCCUGCUAUCGCCCGCUUCCGCACGGGCGGAGAUGUUCGCGACCCUCGUCGCCCUUUAAUUCUUCCUUCUUCGGUCUCGAAUGAGAAGUCUGUGAUCACCACUCAGUAUUUGCGCAACGAUCUCGUUUCUGCUCCCGAUGAUAGUUCCCAAGUUUUGCACCGUCUUGUCCUCGAGACUAUCGGUCGAUCUAUAUGGACCUACUCUUCGGAUCUAGAGUUGAUGCGCGGCAUAAGGGCGGCUCUUGCUGGUCACGAGUGGCUAUGUAGCCGGGGCAUCCUGCACCGUGACAUCAGCGCGGGCAAUAUCAUGCUCGCGAAAGAACCCAUGAAAGCUCGCCCUGGUCAAGAGGGGUUCCUCACCGACCUGGAACUCUCCAGUAUAGAGGGUGAAGUAGUGGUCGAGACGGAGGUCAUGAAUGUCAUGCCCCAAAUUUAUGCGCAGUCGACAGCCAAGGAUACUGCCAAAAAUGCUCUCAAGAAUCCACCGGCCUUCGUUCGUACAAGUGAGGCCGCUCAACGAGGUGCUAUGAUGACGGGAACGGUUCAAUUCAUGGCUAUCGAUAUCUUGCGGGCGACAUAUGAACACAGGAUCAUCGAACACAGGAUCGAUCACGAUUUGGAGUCCUUUAUUUGGGUAUUGGUGUACGCGAUCAUGCGUCGCGUCCUUGACAAGACGGUCGGUUCAGCGCAUCCCGGUCGCAAGAUUGUGGACGAUCUGUUUAGGCAAUGCUUUGGGGCGUUGUCCGUGAGGACUGUUCUCGAGAGGAGGGAAUCUGCAAGGCCCCUGAGGAUCGUCGACACAUACGACACGUUCUUGAAGUACCAUGUUUCUAAACCUGUGGUUGACCUCCUGACUAUCUUUUUGAAGGAUGUCUCGGAGAGAGGCACAAUGGCUCGAGCGCCCAAGGCGACGUACGCGAUCGACGUCGACGAGGGAGAAGGUGAUCUACGACCACGACAAGCCCUAGUAGUGAAGCCUUUGACCCAUUCUAGGAUGCGCACGAUGUUCACCAAUACUAUCAGGCAUCUCGAGGAGCUGAGAAGGACAAGGGGAAGCGAGGUGGAUGGCUGA